UUGAAAAUAUCAAAAAUAUAAUAGAGUUUAAUAAAGAAUUUAAAAAAAUAAUGGAUGAUAAGGAUACGAGAGGCUCAAGCUCCACUACAGCAGCUUCGCAAAAUGGUGGAGUUAAUGCGAGCAAUAUGAAUAUUGAUACAAAUUUAUCAAAUACAACAGUAUUUGCAGUUCAUUUACCACAUAUUGAUUCAUCUAUUCAGCCAGUAGUUUUCGGAAAUUGUCCAACUUUGGGUGAUUGGAAAGAACAAAAAGUACUACUUCGCCAAGUUCCAAAAACCACACUCUGGAUAUCAGAUCCUGUGCAAAUUCCUAUAUCCGAGGAUGUGUCUUACAAAUAUGCUCUGAUUAUGAAGAGUUUUUUCAAACAGUCAACAGAAUUCGAAGGUCAUAAUCAAUCAACUAACCGUAGAAUGACUUUCAGAAAAAACCAAUUCGAUAUCUGGCAAAAUAGUAAUAAGUUUAAAAUAGAUAAAGAAUACCUUAAAGUUGAUUUUCG